UAAAUUAUUAGACUAAGAAAGCUACCUUCUUUUUUUUGUUAAUAGAUCUUUAGAAAAUAUUUGAUUUAUAAGAUAUCAUUGACCAAAAAGUAAAGUCUAGUAUUAAAACAUAAAAGUGAUAGUAGACCAAAAAUACGAGGACGUGAUUGAUCGGGUUCAGAAAGGUAAUAUUCUUCCCUCCCCGAUUCGUCAACUUACAACGAGGGGUAUGUAUAUAUAUGUAAAUAAAACAUAACAGGGGACUAUAUAAAAUAAAACGUAGUAACAAAUGAGGGUUUAUUCACAAUUAACCAAUUAAUUGUUCCGACGGAUAUUUCCCCCCUCUGCUUCAAAACUACAGAGACAUGCCACUGUGGAGAGAGACGAGCGUGGAGCUGAGUUCAUUGAGGUCCAAGGGCCUUCAUCCUUGUUUGUGGCCAGUGCUGGAUAUGUUUCUGUGCAUUGAGAUCUAAAGGUAGCUUAGCUGUUUCUGUGCUAUUAAGGCCUUUCAGCUUUGAAGGGCGAAGGCGUCUUGAAGAGGUUAACGAAAUGGCUAGAAAACUGUAGCAACACACUAGAAAGAUGUGCUGGUUGCAAUAGAAGAUGCAGCAGAUUCUACUGAUGUUAGAAGUUCCAGUCAGAGUGUUGAAGGACUAGAAAACUGACUCUGAGGAACGCCCAGGAGUUUCAGUUUCAGAGAGAAUGGUGAUAGUGAGUACCUAGUAAAAGAGGGGGAACCCUCAAGAAACAGUCGUCUGAAUCUUGGAGACGAAAAUAUAGAAGAUUAUGGUGCUAUCCAGAGGGAGCCAAUUGCUAACUGGAGUAAGGAUCCGGGACAUCAAGAGUGAGCAGAAAUGGACAGCUGAUUCUGGAGACACUGCAGUGCUUAGCCUUGCUAUUGUAAACCUUCCUGUUGGUGUGAGACCUUCAAAGAAUUUGAACAGUAGUCUCAAGUCCUGUUCGUUUGGUUGCCGCAGUUUUCGGCGUCAGCGGCGGCGGCAUCGUCAAUGAGGACAGUUGUUGUUCGUUUCGCAGACGCUGACGCUGCCGCAUAUCAUAUCACGACCGCAGGUUUUAUCGGCGUCAGCAGCAGGACGCAGCGUUCGGACGCGGCGUCAGACGCAGCUUCCUGCGUCAACGAAACGAACAAGAGUUGACGCAGAAUGUUGACGCUGCCGCUGCCGCCGGUACCUGCGGCAACCAAACGAACAGCCCUUCAGUGUCAUCAAUCAACCCUCUAGGAAAGCUGAUUCCACAGAGAUGAAUCAUUUUCAACUCUAAUCGCUCGACAAAAGACUCGAGUAGUGAUACUGCAUCCACCCUGCUACCUGAGAAGUAUGCUGAUUUUACACAAAGCAAAGAAAUCUAUCUGCUCAUGCAGCGUCUAUGCUGGAAGCUGAAAGAGAUUCAUAAAAAAAGAUGGAGUCCUAUUCUAGGAUGCAGUACAGAGGAGGAGGAAUGUUCAAGGGGAGAUGGCCUUCCUGAAGGAAAGGGAAACCGUCUUGUUGCCUUUCCUAUCACAGGGUCGUGUGGUAGUUGGAGAUGGAAGCAUAUAUGAUGGAAUGUGGCUAAAGGGUAAAAGAUGUGGUCUUGGAACAUUCUAUUCAAGAAUGGAGACGUGUUACAAGGCACAUGGCGAGAAGAUUUAACACACGGAAAGGGGUGGUUUUAUUUCAACAAAGGUGAUAGAUGGUUUGCAAAUUUCUGGAAAGGAAAUGCCAGCGGUGAAGGAAGGUUCUAUUCAAAGUCAGGUGAGAUAUUCUUUGGACAUUUCAAAGAUGGAUGGUGACAUGGACAGUUCCUCUGUAUAGAUGCUGAUGGGACAAGGCCAGUGACCCUUGCAAAACUCUUUAUAAUUAAAAUCAGAUAAAAGAGCAACUGUUAAUGCUUCUUUUUUUCCCCUCAGAUACUCUGAAACGUGGGGUGACGGUGUUCUUAUUGACCAGAAAAGAUGUUGUUUAGGCACAACAUAUAAGUUAUUGUUAUUGAGCAUCAUCAAAUGAAUCAUGAAGCCAAAACAUAUCUGCUAUUUUUUUUGUUGAUGGCUUUUCUACAAACUUGCUCUCAGAGAGUUGAACAUGUAUUUUUGUUGGUUUGUAUUUUUUUUAAUUAAAGAUCAAGGGUUUGUUAGUGUGUUUAUAUCAACAGAUGUUUUUUUUUGUUUUGGAAAUAUAUAUGAGAUUACUGAAAUUAAAUUUAUUGGAGAUGAAAGCGUAUGGUUCUUGAUUUCCUUUGUUAAAGAUAAAACUGUAUAUCAUAAGCAUAAUACGUAUAAAUAAAACAAUUUACUGUAAAUAAUGUAAAACUGAUAAAAUUAUUUGUUGUUAUUUGUUUUUGAAAUUAUUUGUAGUAUUUGUAGUUAUUGUGAAUGUGUGAUUUAGGUUCCCUUCCAUUAAUAAUAGGAGCACCAUUUGUUGGAGUAGAAUAGUAAACUAAAAGUAUAUUUCAAAUAAUUUAACAAACAAAUUUUUCUUUUUUGUAUUGUUAUACUUUAUUUGUUUAAAUCUUACAAUUUUUGAUAAAAUACAGUAAAUUGUCAAAUAUCAAUCAGGAUUUAGAAGUUUAAACUACUUUAAAUUAAAUUACUGUUUGCUAUAUAUAUUUUACUUGAAAACAAAAUGAAGUAGCAAGAUGUAGUAUUUUGUUCUUACGAUUGAAAUGGCAAUUUUAUAUCAAUCUUCCAAUAAAAAUAGACAAAAGUUGCAUAACGUAAAAUAUAGUAUGGGGCAUAUAGAUAUUUUUGAACUGUGUCGUUUGGUAUAUGAAAGUGUUUGUAUCUUUCUCUCAUGAGGUUUUGUGCACGAUUUUACGCAACCAGGCGCUCCGCACGCCUUCUGAAAGAGAGAGAGAGAGAGAGAGAGAGAGAGAUUCUUCUUACGUCUCUCGUGAGUCCGCUGGAUUCUCUCUUCACUCUUUUCUCGCUUCUCUACGUUCUUGUCGUCUUCGUCUCCUUCUUCUUCUCUCUGGCCUCUUUCGCUUCACUUUUGCCAUGGUGGCUGCCUCUUCCUGUUACGCCUAUUUGGACUUUAGGCCUUGCAAUCACUACAACAACAACAACAACAACAACAUUGCCUUGUCUUCUCUCUUCGGAUCAAAUAGUAUUUCUUUGAAUCAAAACCAGAGUAGAUUGAACCGAGCAACUAACUCCGGUAGAGCCAUGGCUAUUGCUAUGAAUAUGGAAAAUGAAGCCAUGGUUAGCAAGAAUAAUCCCCCUAUGGAGAAGCGUCGGGUUGUGGUGACAGGCAUGGGAGUUGAAACAUCAUUAGGUCAUGACCCACAUACCUUUUACGAGAACUUGCUACAAGGAAACAGUGGUAUUAGCCACAUUGAGGAUUUUGAUUGUUCUGACUUUCCUACGAGAAUCGCGGGUGAGAUCAAAUCUUUCUCCACUGAAGGAUGGGUUGCUCCUAAACUGUCUAGGAGGAUGGACAAGUUCAUGCUCUAUCUCCUCACUGCUGGCAAGAAAGCUUUGGCUGAUGGUGGUGUAACCGAACAAGUCAUGGCUGAGUUUGACAAAGCCAAAUGUGGCGUUUUGAUUGGCUCUGCACUGGGUGGCAUGAAGGUCUUUCAUGAGGCUAUUCAAGCUUUGAAGAUCUCUUACAAGAAGAUGAAUCCUUUUUGUGUUCCUCUUGCUACAACUAACAUGGGUUCUGCUAUGCUUGCUGUUGAUCUGGGGUGGAUGGGGCCAAACUACUCUAUUUCAAGUGCUUGUGCUACAAGCAACUUCUGCAUUCUGAAUUCAGCUAACCACAUUAUUAAGGGUGAAGCUGAUGUAAUGCUAUGUGGUGGCUCAGAUGCAGCUAUUAUUCCAAUAGGGUUGGCAGGUUUCGUGGCAGUCCGGGCUCUUUCACAAAGGAAUAAUGAUCCCGCAAAAGCUUCACGUCCUUGGGAUUGUAAUCGAGAUGGUUUCGUGAUUGGGGAGGGAGCUGGAGUUCUGCUUUUGGAAGAACUUGAGCAUGCUAAGAAAAGAGGAGCAACUAUCUACGCAGAGUUUCUUGGUGGGAGCUUCACAUGUGAUGCCUACCACAUGACCGAGCCUCACCCUGAUGGAGCUGGUGUGAUUAUAUGUAUUGAGAGAGCGUUAGCUCAUGCUGGGAUUCCCAAGGAACAGAUAAAUUACGUCAAUGCACAUGCAACCUCAACACCAGCUGGAGACCUUAAGGAGUACAAAGCCCUGGUUCACUGUUUUGGUCAAAAUCCUGAGCUAAAGGUAAACUCCACGAAAUCUAUGAUCGGACACUUGCUGGGAGCUGCUGGAGCUGUAGAGGCUGUUGCAACCGUGCAGGCAAUAAGAACCGGUUGGGUUCAUCCAAAUAUCAACCUAGACAAUCCAGAGAAUGGAGUGGAUACAAAAUUGCUGGUGGGUUCUAAGAAGGAGAGAUUGAACAUUAAAGCAGCCUUGUCAAAUUCUUUUGGGUUUGGUGGUCAUAACUCCAGCAUCAUUUUUGCUCCUUACAAGUGAAAGCAAUCAUUGCUUGUACUCCAAACCUGGUUGUAUAACUUGCUGUAAGUGUUUACAAGAACUUCCAAUGUUAUGUUGUUGCGGGAAUCAACACAGUUUGUUAAACUACCAAGAGCUAAAGCUAGUUUUCUUAGGAUCAAGAUCUGCUGUGCCAGAGAACUUGGACAGGAGCAAACGUAGCAGAGUUUGGAUUUGCCAUGAACGAAUAUCUUCCGUGUGAUACCCUUUUGAUUGCAAUCUUUGUAGCUUUUUGUAGUAUUUCAUUUUCACUAUUGUUAAUCAUACAGUAUGAAAUAGUAACAUACCAAAUCAAUCCUCAGUUAAAUUUAGCAACUCUUGGCAGUUAUACUCUGAUUAUAACAUAUUUAGAGGGUUGCCUUUCGAAAUGA